AUGAGAUACUACCUUCCGAUUGCUGUGGCUUCCCUCUUCGCUGGCCAAGCUUUGGCUGGCGAUGACCAGUGGCUGAGCCCGGUGUACAAAGAGAUAUUCCAGAAUGAGCUACCAACCCCACCAACCAAGGAGAAGAAAUACUCGUACUACAACUCGACCACAAAUCGCUACAUCGAUUACUACGAGGUCGAUAUCAAGCCAUUCGAGCAACAAGUCUACAAGGGCUUGAAGCCGGCCCAGCUCGUCGGGUAUGAUGGUAUUUCACCUGGUCCAACGUUCCGCAUGGAGAAGGGCCGCGAAGCUAUUGUGCGGUUCGUCAACCAUGGCGAGAUGGACAUCUCCGUACAUCUGCACGGCUCUUACAGUCGAGCACCGUUCGAUGGUUGGGCUGAGGACGUGACCAAGAAGAACCAAUACAAAGAUUAUUAUUAUCCGAACAGACAGGCCGCCCGCACUCUCUGGUACCAUGAUCAUGCAAUUCAUCAUACGGCUGAGAAUGCCUAUUUUGGAAUGGCUGGGUUCUAUAUCCUGCAUGACCCAGAAGAAGACAAGAUCAAUCUCCCUGCUGGAGAUUAUGACUUGCCUCUAUCCUUGGCAGCGAAGCAGUACAACUCUGAUGGCACGCUCUUCAGUCCUGCAGAUGAGACAGUCUCUCUCUACGGCGAUGUCAUCCAUGUCAAUGGCCAGCCAUGGCCAUACAAGAAAGUAGAGCCACGCAAGUACAGGCUUCGAUUUUUGGAUACGUCCAUCAGCCGGGCAUUCAAACUCACAUUCGAGGAUUUGAAGGCGAAGAAGCUUCCAUUUGAUGUCAUCGCUUCUGAUGCCGGUCUACUCACCAAGCCCGUACAAUCAGAUAACUUGGAGAUCUCUAUGGCCGAGCGCUGGGAGGUUGUCAUCGACUUUAGCCAAUACAAGGGUCAGAACGUGACACUGAAGAAUGCUCGCGAUGUCCAGGCCGAUGAGGAUUACAACAGUACAGACAAGGUGAUGCAAUUUGUGGUAGGCGACACCGUCACGAGCGAUCAUGGCAACGGUAAUCUCCCUGGGUCACUCCGCAACGUCCCUUUCCCACCAAGCAAAACUGGUGUCGACCGGAAGUUCAAGUUCGAGCGCCAGGGCGGAGAAUGGAAGGUCAAUGGCGUCACUUUCGCAGACGUCAACAACCGCAUCCUGGCUAAGCCUCCGCGCGGCGCCAUCGAGAUCUGGGAGCUCGAAAAUGGCGGUGGCGGUUGGUCUCACCCUGUACACAUCCACUUGGUCGACUUCCAGAUCAUCUCUCGCUCAGGCAAACGUCCUGUUCUCAACUAUGAGAAGGAAGCACUGAAAGACGUCGUCCUUCUUGGCACCUCGGAAACUGUCCAAGUCAUUGCGCGCUAUGCUCCAUGGGAUGGUGUCUACAUGUUCCACUGCCACAACCUUAUCCACGAGGAUCACGACAUGAUGGCUGCAUUCAACGUCACGAGCUUGGCUGAUUUCGGCUACCCUGAGACUACGAAGUUCAUCGACCCCAUGGAAGAACGAUGGAGAUCGCGUGACUACGAUGACUCGGCCUUCACUGAGCAAGCUAUCCAGGAUCGGCUCAGCCAAUUUUACAUGUUGGAUGCGUACGACAAGGUCGAUGACGUUGAGAUAGCGCUUGAGUCGUACUACGCCAAUGGUCCGCCAAAGACUACCCUCGCCACGAGCACCGUUAAGGCCAGCUCUACCACCCCUUCAGCAUCUACUACUCCGUCGGUGACGACUAAGGCUGCGACUUCGACAAUCACUUCAUCAGCGAAGCUAACUUCUACGAAGAAAUCCGACGACAACAGCAAGACGACAACGAAGACGACAACCAAGAAAUGA